GCACCGCGGGCAGCACCAUGACGGCGAACGGCACCGCGGAGCCGGUGCAGAUCCAGUUCGGCCUCAUCAACUGCAGCAACAAGUACCUGACGGCCGAGGCGUUCGGCUUCAAGGUGAACGCGUCGGCCGCCAGCAUGAAGAAGAAGCAGAUCUGGACGCUGGAGCAGGACGGCGAGGACUCGAGCGCCGUGCUGCUCAAGAGCCACCUGGGCCGCUACCUGGCGGCCGACAAGGACGGGCGCGUGAGCUGCGACAGCGAGGAGCCGGGCCCCGACUGCCGCUUCCUCGUGGUGGCCCACGGCGACGGGCGCUGGUCGCUGCAGUCGGAGCCGCACCGGCGCUUCUUCGGCGGCACCGAGGACCGCCUGAGCUGCUUCGCGCCCGCCGUGUCGCCCGCCGAGAAGUGGAGCGUGCACCUGGCCAUGCACCCGCAGGCCAACCUCUACAGCCUGGCCCGCAAGCGCUACGCGCACCUGGGCCCGCGGCGCGACGAGCUCGCCGUGGACCGCGACGUGCCGUGGGGCGUGGACGCGCUCAUCACGCUGCUCUUCGUGGAGCAGCGCUACAGCCUGCAGAGCUGCGACCACCGCCUGCUGCGCAGCGACGGGCGCCUCGUGCCCGCCGCCGAGCCCGGCACCGCCUUCACCCUCGAGUUCCGCUGCGGAAAGGUGGCCUUCCGCGACGGCGAGGGCCGCUACCUGGCGCCCUCGGGGCCCAGCGGCACCCUCAAGGCCGGCAAGAGCGCCAAGGUGGGCAAGGACGAGCUCUUCGCCCUGGAGCAGAGCUGCCCGCAGGUCGUGCUGCGCGCCGGCAACGACAGGAACGUGUCCACCCGGCAAGGGAUGGACCUCUCGGCCAACCAGGACGAGGAGGGCGACCAGGAGACCUACCAGCUGGAGAUCAACAAGGACACCAAGAAAUGCGCCUUCCGCACCUACACCGGCAAGUACUGGACGCUCACCUCCAACGGGGGCAUCCAGUCCACGGCCUCCACAAAGAACGCCAGCUGCUACUUCGACAUCGAGUGGCGCGACAAGCGCAUCACCCUCAAAGCGGCCAACGGCAAGUACGUGACGGCCAAGAAGAACGGGCAGCUGGCGGCCUCCAUGGAGGCGGCAGGCGACACCGAGCACUUCGUGAUGAAGCUCAUCAACCGGCCCAUCAUCGUGCUGCGCGGCGAGCACGGCUUCAUCGGCUGCCGCAAGGUCACCGGCACCCUCGACUCCAACCGCUCCUCCUACGACGUCUUCCAGCUGGAGUUCAACGACGGCGCCUACAACAUCAAGGAUGCCACCGGCAAGUACUGGAUGGUGGGGAGCGAGUCGUCCGUGACCAGCAGCAGCGACUCCCCCGUGGACUUCUUUUUCGAGUUCUGCGACUAUAACAAAGUGGCCAUCAAGAUCAACGGCAAAUACCUGAAGGGCGACCACGCCGGCGUCCUCAAGGCCUCGGCCGACGCCAUCGACGCCUCCACCCUCUGGGAAUAUUAAUGCACUUUAGGUUCCUCCCGU